CCGUUGAGAAGCGAAGGUAAACAAUUAUUAUAAUUAAGCAGCUGCCAUGGCCAAAAUUGCUCUCGGAACCACCCUAGAGGCCACCAAGCCAGACUGCAUUCAGGCCCUCGUCGUUGAAUUCAUUGCCACCUUUCUCUUUGUCUUUGUUGGCGUGGGUUCUGCCAUGGCCGUUGACAAGCUAGGUGGAGGAGAUGCACUAGUGGGCUUGUUUGCUGUGGCCGUGGCACAUGCACUUGUGGUGGCUGUAAUGAUUUCCGCCGCCCACAUUUCCGGUGGCCACCUCAACCCCGCCGUCACCCUUGGCCUCCUCGCCGGCGGUCAUAUCACCGUCUUCCGUUCCAUCCUCUAUUGGAUUGAUCAAUUGGUAGCAUCUGCAGCUGCUUCUUAUCUGCUUUACUACCUCUCAGGGGGACUGGCAAUUCCAGUUCACACGCUGGCUAGUGGAGUGGGGUAUGGUCAAGGAGUAAUUUGGGAGAUUGUGUUGACAUUCUCUUUGUUGUUCGCUGUGUAUGGUACAAUGGUUGAUCCCAAGAAGGGAGCACUUGCUGGGAUUGGACCAACGCUGGUUGGGUUUGUAGUUGGGGCAAACAUCCUUGCUGGUGGGGCAUUCUCAGCUGCUUCUAUGAACCCAGCGAGAUCUUUUGGUCCAGCCUUGGUUAGUGGCAAUUGGACUGAUCACUGGGUUUAUUGGGUUGGGCCUCUCAUUGGUGGUGGCCUUGCAGGUUUCAUCUACGAGACUUUCUUUAUUGACCGAUCUCAUGUUCCACUCCGUGGAGAUGAAGAAACCUAUUAGGAUUAGGAACAUGCACCUCAUGUCCACUCCGUGUUGUAUUUUACUCAGCUAAUCUUUCGUGUGUUUGUGUGUGUAUGUAUGUUUGGAA